AUGAGUAUAGCCACGCUGGAGCCCGCGUUGGAGAUGCCGCUGGAGCAGAAUGCCAAAUACAAGCAGUUAUUUGACAAGUUGGAUGUGCUGAAGCUGGGGAAAAUCUCGUUUGAAGAUUUCGAGAAGGCAUUGGCUCGGCUCAACCACCCUAUCCACGACGACCCCGCGAUGGUUAAAACGGUGUUCCAGGCAUUUGAUUGCAACAAUGACAAGGUGAUUGAUUUCAGUGACCUAGAGAACUAUCUACAAACCACUGAUGAGCAGAUCCGCGCCGGGUUUAUGAAGAUUGACCGUGAUCAAGACGGCAAGCUCAACCGAGACGACUUUACCAACUAUUUGCGCAAUACCCUAGCUCUUGAGCCGACGCCAGAAGAAGUCAACUUUGUUUUUGAACAGAUCGAUACCGCGAAUCAAGGGUAUAUCACCUACGAUGAAUUCCGUGACUUUUUGUUACUUAUGCCUCGACUAGACGGGUCGCGGGUGAAGACAGCAUUUACAUUUAUGGCCGAAGAACUUGAUCUUUCUCUGGAUGGUGAAGUUACUCUAAUAAAUCACUUCUUGAACGGGUUUGGCUAUUUUUUGGCUGGUGGGCUUGCCGGGGUGGUGCUGAGAACGGCAACGGCACCAUUCGACCGUAUCAAAGUGUUUUUAAUUGCUCGUACUGAUUUACUGUCAACUGUAUUACACUCAAAACUGGAAAUUGAGAAUACAGCUGCGAAGCUGACACUGAUGCUCAAAGAAGCUCGCAAACGCUUGAGUCAAUCACAAGGACUCAAUAUUUCUCUGGUUCAAGAGCACCCCCACAAGAAAACAAUAAGAUCACCGAUGAUUCAGGCAGCCCGUACUAUCUGGAAACAGAGUGGAUUCCGCGGAUUCUACGUGGGGAAUGGGUUAAACGUUUUUAAAGUGUUCCCGGAACUGGCAAUGAAGUUUGGUCUGUUUGAAGCUACUAAACGAGUUUUCGCUCGAGCUUUGGGCCUUGAAGAUACCCUGCAGUUGUCCAAGUUUUACACGUACUUGGCAGGGGGUAUCGGUGGGGUGUGUGGUCAAUUUACGGUGUACCCUAUAGAUACCCUUAAGUUCAGAAUUCAAUGCUCCAAGCUUGAUUCGAGAAUCCUGGGCCAUAAACUACUUAUUAAGACGGCCUCUGACAUGUACAAAGAAGGGGGCAUUCGGAUUUUCUACCGGGGCAUUUUGGCGGGGGUGUCAGGCAUUUUCCCUUACGCCGCGCUUGACUUGGGAACAUUCACCACAACAAAGCGCUGGCUUAUUGCCCGACAAGCUCGUAAAGAAGGUAUUUCUGCUGAGGAGGUGAAAUUGCCUAACUACAUGGUGUUGUCGUUAGGGGCGGCCCUGGGGUCGUUUGGUGCGACGGUGGUAUAUCCGAUCAACUUGUUACGAACAAGAUUGCAGGCUCAGGGGACCUAUGCUCAUCCGUACACGUAUGAUGGGUUUUUCGACGUUUUGAGAAAAACAUUAGCUCGUGAAGGUGUACCUGGGCUCUAUAAGGGGUUGGUGCCUAACUUAGCUAAAGUGGCUCCUGCGGUUCUGAUCUCGUACUUCAUGUACGAAAACUUGACUAAAUUAUUUGGUCUCAAAACCACCAACUGA